CACACGCAUCAGAAAGAAAGAAAGCAAAAAAGCAAUCAUGUUGUGGAAGGUAGCAGACGCAUCAGAAAUCCUGGUUAUCACAGGCGCUGGAAUCGACGACAUCAAGUUAGCAAAGAAAUCAUGGAUCUUCCCCGGCCAAUCAUACACCGUUGUGGACCUCUCUCCGGUGAACUACACCUUCCAAGUCCAAGCCAUGAGCGCCGAGAAGCUCCCUUUUGUCCUCCCGGCCGUUUUCACCAUCGGCCCCAGGGUUGAUGAUGAUGAAAGCCUCUUGAAGUACGCCAAGCUUAUCUCCAAACAUGACAAGCUCUCCAACCACGUCAAAGAGCUUGUCCAGGGUGUCAUCGAGGGUGAAACACGUGUUCUCGCCGCCUCAAUGACCAUGGAGGAGGUUUUCAAAGGCACAAAAGAGUUCAAGCAGGAAGUGUUCGAAAUGGUGCAGCUUGAGCUUAACCAGUUUGGCCUUCUCAUCUACAAUGCCAAUGUCAAGCAGCUCGUGGAUGUCCCCGGCCACGAGUACUUCUCUUACUUGGGUCAGAAGACACAGAUGGAGGCCGCGAACCAAGCCAAGGUGGAUGUGGCUGAGGCGAGGAUGAAAGGGGAGGUUGGGGCAAAGUUGAGAGAAGGGCAAACGCUUCAGAAUGCGGCAAAGAUUGACGCGGAGACGAAGGUUAUAGCGACUCAGAGGCAAGGGGAGGGGAAGAAGGAGGAGAUAAAGGUGACGACAGACGUGAAGGUGUUCGGGAAUCAGAAGGAGGCUGAUGUGGCUGAGGCUAACUCUGUGCUUGCUAAGAAGAAGGCUGCUUGGGCCCAGGCGGCACAGAUGGCGGAGGUGGAGGCCGCCAAGGCUGUGGCACUCAGGGAGGCAGAGUUGCAGGGGGAGGUGGAGAGGAUGAAUGCUUUGACAAGGACUGAGAAGCUUAAGGCUGAGUUCCUCACCAAGGCUAGCGUUGAAUAUGAAACUAAGGUACAAGAGGCGAACUGGGAUCUGUACAAGAAGCAAAAAGCAUCUGAAGCAAUUCUUUUUCAGAAGGAGAAAGGGGCAGAAGCACAGAAAGCAUUAGCAGAAGCAACAUUUUACAGUCGCCAGCAAGCAGCAGAAGCAGAGCUAGUCUCAAAGAAGAAAGAGGCAGAGGGGCUUAUAGCACUUGGUCAAGCACAAGGAGCAUAUUUGAAGUCACUUCACGAUGCACUUGGCAACAACUAUGGACAUCUAAGGGACUACUCGAUGAUAAAUCGUGGCAUGUAUCAAGAGCUUGCAAAGAUCAAUUCUGAGGGAAUUCGUGGGCUUCAGCCUAAGAUUAGUAUUUGGAAUAAUGGUAAUGGUGGUGCUGAAGGAACUGAUGAAAUUAGUGGUGCCAUUGGCAUGAAAGAGGUUGCUGGUGUCUACAAGAUGUUGCCACCUCUGUUCAACACAGUCCAUGAGCAAACUGGCAUGCUUCCACCAGCUUGGAUGGGAACCAUCUCUGACAAAACUUCUUAGUCUCAUAAUUAAUCACAUAUUAUAUAUGUGCUCAAGUACACUUCUUUUUAUUUGGCUGGUUGGAUUACCUAUAUUAUUAAUUUCAAGUACCUUAUCUUAUGAACAAUUAAGUUUUUGAUUCACAUUUGAUUGUAGGUUCAGGUUCAAAAUCUUAUAUUAAGUUUUGAUUUAAUUUACCUCGUCGUGUUCUGGAUAUUUUUUCACUACUACAAAAUGCGGGAUUUAGUGAUGGUUACUAAGCUACUGUUACAAGUAGCCCUCACUAAGUGUUAUUAUUAAGGCG